AAGGAUAUGUAACGUGUGCAUGUGUGCAUGUGAUGUCAUGUUCGAAGGCACAUCUGUAGAAUCAUGAGUUUUCUAAUGGUGUCAUUAGGCAAUGCUAGUUAAUGACGUAUUGCUUGUGCUCGUCAUGUGAUGACAUGUCACGUUUAUCAAUAAAUUGGAAAACCGUGAUUGUUCGAGGAUUAGAGAAUCGGAAUAUGCACUAGAGACACGUCUGUUUCUGUUGUCCGUUCUGCCCGGUCAUAACAAAUUGGUGACAGAGGUAAAAGCAAUGGCGAGUAGCAUUUUGCCGGAAAAGUUUGAUUCUGGUGAUUUCCCGAAUUGGCUUCGCCAAUUUAAUUGUUGUGCCUCCGCUAAUGGCUGGACAGACGACCAAAAGUUGCAAAAGCUGCCGGCAUUUUUGCGAGGGUUGGCGGCUACGUAUUUUCAUACAUUAUCUGAUGAUGAAAAAGAUACGUUUGCACAUUUAACAACCAGUCUCCAGACUGCCUUGUGUCCUGCUGUCGGACGAGAAGGCUAUUUUCGAGAAUUUGAAGAUCGUGUUUUGCGUAGUGGUGAGGAUCCUAGUGUUUUUCUGUGGUCUCUUCAGGAAUUGCUGAAAAAGGCGGAUCCGACUUUGGAAAAAGCUGCCACUUCUGCCUUGUUAUCCCGACAAUUUAUGAAGGGAUUUCCCAAUACCAUUCGUUAUAAACUUCUUGAACAUAACCCGACCCCGAAGUUGGAUGAUAUGCUCUCCUUUUCCAAACAGUUUCUGGCGAUAAGUGACAAUCAUGGACCUCACCCUGGUUUGUUUGCAGCCACAGAUGUCGUCCCUUCACCGACAUCUAUUGAGGGACGGCUGGACAAGCUAACAGCGGCAGUAGAGGAGCUGAAAAUGAACAAUAGUUUGUACGUAGCCACUGUUCAAAAAAAAGAACCGACCUCCCAAUUUGCUGGACGUCAACAGCCAGUACGCCGUGUGACAUGUUACUUUUGUUCUAAAGAGGGUCACAUAGCAAGAAAUUGCCCCCUAAAACGCACAAGCAGGGAACAAGGACCCAUUGAUGGUUCGUUCAAAUGCCAGAUGUGCAAUGGCUCGGGACAUAUUGCUUCGCAAUGUGCGAAUAACUGGGUCGUUGACAAUCCGAAUACUAAGGAAGGUAAUCGUGUUGCUAAUGUAACAAAUAUUCCGAACCGAUUUGUGUCGACUUUAAACUCCAAAGGGGUGGCCCAAUAG